AUGUUUCGAACCAGAGGCAUUAUCCGUUUUGGCCUCAUUGUGAUCGCUUUUAUCGCGGUCCUGUGGAGCACUCUUCUUUUCGCAUCUCUUGGAGGGGGGAUCGGCUUACAACAGACGAACCCAUGGCCAUUGCCCAAUUGGUCCCCACGAAACCUGGAAACGACGAGCCCCGGGUCAUCCAUCAUCAUACCUAAUAUCGUGCACUAUGUUUGGGCACUUAGAGAACCCGAAGGAGCUCUUGAAUUUCAGUUCAAACAUUUCAUCAGCAUCUAUUCAUCAUAUCUGUACCUUAGCCCAGAUGUGAUCUAUGUACACACCAACGCUCGCCCUUCGGCCAUCUCGACCGCUCAACAUCAUAGUAGCUUCUGGACACAUAAGGUGUUCGAGAUUCCUGGCGUUGUGGUCCGUCACAUUGAAGUACCGACGCAUACAAAGUAUGGAGCGGAGCUUGAACAUAUGGAACACAGGUCGGAUUUCGUACGCCCGGGUAUCUUGAGAGACUUUGGUGGCAUCUAUCUCGAUUUCGACGUUGUACCCAUCCGAGACAUGAAGCCACUGCGCGAAAGUGGCUUCAGAAACGUCUUUGGUCACGAGCUUGGCGAGAAGGUCAACAAUGGUGUCAUGCUGUCUGUCAAGGGAAGCCGUUUCAUGGACGUCUUUGAUCGAGACCAACAUGAGGUUUUCAGCGGGUGGUGGAUCGAGCACAGCGUUCUCCAGCUCACGAGAAUGGCCAAUGCCUUGAUGCCCAUCCCUAAAGAAGUACUAAUCCUUGAGCGUCAUGCCUUUAUCCCCGACGGCUUUGAUGACGUACGACAUGGUCGUCUUUUUCGCAGACAUGCAGCGCAAGCGGUUGGCAUGGAUGAUAUGCAUAUCACCCUGGAAGACAUGAAUGAUGAGGGGUUCUCUUACUGGAACUGGAGCAAGUCGAGGCCGCGACAGGACUGGGAGCUUGACUAUUCAAAGUCAUAUACAAUACACGCCCUAUCCCCUCCCCUUCACGUAGCGAAUCGGACACCGGAUUGCUUGGAGAUAUCGUGGGACUAUGUAAUGGAAAGGAAAAGCAACUAUGCAGCGCAGAUUUACCCAGCUAUGUUACAUGCCGACGGCAAACUGUCGAUCACUGAAUGGAAGACUUGA